AUGGAGCAAGAGACGCAAGUUUUAGACAGAGGGAAUACUGUCCCCACAAAUUUUGAAGAUUAUAGAUAUAGUUUCCUUCUUUACCUUAACAUGAAUCAAAACCAGCUUCAGCCUCUGCCUUUGCUUAGUAGCUUCCUAGGUUCAUCUCCCGAAGAAGCUUUGCUACCAAACCAAAAUCCUAAACUACAUCAUGGUCAAGUUGAGGAUGUCACUGUAGCCUUACACAUAGGCCUACCCAACAAUUCAAGUGGUGGUUCCACCAAUGAUCAUGGACUUGUGAAUGCCACAACUCAUGCUCCUACCAACUACUGGAUACCAACUCAAGAACAAAUCCUCAUUGGGUUUAGCCAUUUCUCUUGUCCCGUCUGCGGCAAAACCUUCAAUCGCCACAACAAUCUUCAGAUGCAUAUGUGGGGGCACGGGUCACAGUAUCGGAGAGGAGCGGACUCGCUUAAGCGAACCCACCCACGACCGUUGUUGGACAUUCCCUGCUACUGUUGCUCGAGAGGGUGCAAGAACAACAUCGAGCACCCACGUGCGAAGCCUCUGAAGGACUUUCGCACGCUUCAGACGCACUUCAAGAGGAAGCAUGGCUCGAAACCCUUCACGUGCCGCAAGUGCGCGAAGCCUUUGGCCGUGAAAGGUGACUGGCGAACCCACGAGAAAAACUGCGGCAAACGCUGGCUCUGCAUUUGUGGCUCCGACUUCAAACAUAAGAGGUCCCUCAAAGACCACAUGAAGGCCUUUGGCUUUGGUCACACCCCUUUCACUUCUUCUUCUGAUGCCAUGUAGUUAAUAACCAUGCACGUUAUUACAAUCACUGUUAAGGCUUAUCUAUGUUGUUAGCAAUUAAAUGU